AUGAGCAUUUCACCUACGUGAGCUGCAAGAGCUUCGAUGACGAUUUGAAGUGACGGACUGUCCAAUGGUCUACGUUUCUUACUCUAGGCCAACAAGCCAUGAUCCCAGCAUUGUGGGCGUCAAUUUGAACUGAAGAGGGCGUCUGCCGUCUAAUUCCGCUAAUACCGCUCGUCUUCGUUGUGCAUGCUUGUCGUGUAACAGCCAAGAAGACUAUAAAGGAGCAUCUCAAAAUCUUACCGGGGAACACAGUCAGCACGAUCAUUACUACGCAUUUCAGCAUUUAAGAACGUACUUGCUCUGUUCACCCGUAACUUGAAACCCGUGCUGCAUUUUCAUCCUGCCAACAUGCCAAAAUCCAUGUUCAUAACCGGCGGCUCCGGCUACAUCGGCUCGUGCCUAAUCGCCCACGCCAUCGCCUCCUCCUACACCGUAACCGCGCUCUCCCGCACCCCCACCUCCGAUACAAAGCUCUCCGCCCUCGGCGCAACGCCCGUUCGCGGCUCCCUAUCCUCCCAUGCCAUCCUAACAGCGCAAGCAUCAAAAGCAGACAUUGUGGUCUCCAUCGCGGACUCCAUCACCGGCGACUACUCCAUCUCGAAGGAGGAGAGAUUCAGAAUCAAUGACGCAGCAAACGAUGCGCUCGCGGAGGGUUUGAGGGGUACUGGGAAGGCGUUGGUACUGACGAGUGGAAGUUUGAUAGCUGCUGCGGACGAGGGAAGGGAGACGGAUGAAUCGAGUUCCAACAAAAAAUACGUUGGGAUGGGGGUGAGGGCCUGCCAUAUUCUGUUGGCGCCGUACGUGUAUGGGCGGGGCGGCAGCGGUGUGGGGCUUUUUAUGGGGAUGUGGAAGCGGGCUGGGAGCGGGAUGAAGGUCGAUGGAGGAGAGAAGUAUACGACGGUGGUGCAUGUUGAUGAUGCAGUGAGGUUGUAUUUGCUCGUCGCCGAAAGGGGCGGAGCGGGCGAGGCUUACAACGCGACUGCGCAGAAUAACAUCACGCAGGGUCAGCUCGCAGAAGCUAUUUGCAAGGCUAUCGAUGUACCGUGCAAGUUGCUCAGAUACAGAGAAGCUGUGCCCAAGGUUGGCGAAUUUCUUGCGAGUUUUUUGUCUGUCGAGAAUCGGGCUAGCAACCGGAAGGCUAGGGAGGAGCUUGGGUGGGAGAUCAAAGAGAAGGGUAUACUGGAAGAUAUCGAGACUGGUUCCUAUGUUGAGGUUGCAGAAGCGCUGAAAGACGGU